AUGGUGGCAUUAGAAAAAAGAAGAAGGGGUAUAGAAGACCAGUAUCUGGAGAAUUUUAGAAAAUUUAGAAGAUUUGUUGUAUUAACCUUUGUAUUAUUUGGUAUUGGGUGGCUUGUCCUGAAGCCAGUUAGACAGCAUGAAUUUGAUUACAGCAUAUUCUAUAACGUUAAUCGAGAUCCUGUUGGAGAUCCCAUAGGACAACCCACAUUAGAUCCGUCGAACGAACAUCUUCGGAUAGGAUCCAAGGCCAUGGUAAGCAGUGAUGUUCCGCUUUGCUCGACCAUGGGAAAAGAAAUACUACAGAGGGGAGGCAAUGCAGCCGAUGCUGGAGUCACAGUAGCUCUCUGCAUCGGAAGUAUCAACCUGCAUUCGUCCGGUAUUGGUGGAGGUGGUUAUAUUGUGAGUAGUUUGAAGGAAAAACAAGAAGUUAUCAGCAUUGAUGCCCGAGAAACGGCUCCGCAGAAAGCAUUUAAAGAAAUGUUCCACAAGAGUAUGGUUUUAUCCAAGAUUGGAGGACUAGCAGUUGGAGUGCCUGGAGAAUUGAAAGGGUUGUAUGAAUUGUACACCAGACAUGGCUCGGGUAAUUUAUCGUGGGAAGCAUUGAUAGAGCCAGUUGUUGAGUUAAACCAAAAGGGAUUCAAAUGUUCUGAGAUUUUGGACAGAGCAAUCAAAUUCCAAAUGGGAUUGGUGUUUCCCUUAUUACCGAGUCUUGCAGAAGACUGGGACUUUGUAUUUAAGAACAAUACCAAGAGCAAACCGUUGAUUGACGAAGGUGAUAUUAUCACGAGGCCAGCAUUAGCCGAUACUUUAUCCAUGAUAGCUCAAAACGGCUCGUCUGAUGUGUUUUAUGACCCAAAUGGGCCAAUCGUGAAGAGUUUAAUAGAGACUAGCUCCAGGUUUGGAGGCAUUAUUACUGCAGAAGACUUCGCUAACUACGAUGUCAAGGUAGAGAAUGCGUUAACCUUAAAUUUUACUGUACACAAUGAAACAUACAAAGUAUACACUUCAGGCGGUGUUUCUUCUGGAUUAGCUCUAUUGUCGGGCUUAAACUUGUAUGAAAAGCUUGGUGGAAGUAACGAUCAUGUACUACAGACACACAGAAUAAUAGAAUGUAUGAAAUGGAUGGCUAGUGCAAGAUCAAACUUUGGUGACUUCACAUUGCAUACGUCCAAUAGCACCUUCAGAGAAGACUUGAUUAACCAAUAUACGUCAGACAAAUGGGCCGAACAUAUCAUAACCAGUGGUGCAUACUCAGAUAACAAUACUUUUCCGUGGAAACAUUAUGGCCCAAAAUAUGAGCUUACUGAGCCACAUGGAACAUCGCACUUUUCAAUCAUAGAUUCCGAUGAUAAUACAAUGGCUAUGACCACCACCGUAAAUCUAGUAUUUGGCUCCAUGGUGUACGAUAACCAGACGGGCAUAAUUUUGAAUAACGAGAUGGAUGAUUUUUCAAUACCCGGUGCGCCGAAUGCGUUCGACUUAUCUCCGUCAGUGUACAAUUACAUCGAGCCAUUUAAGCGUCCCUUAUCGUCGACAUCGCCUACUAUCAUCAUGUCACUUGUCAACGACACGUUUAGGCCUGACUUGGUUAUAGGGGCAGCUGGCGGAUCGCGAAUCACCACUGCCGUGUUCCAAGCUAUUGUGCGCAUCUUGUGCGAGAAGUUACCCUUAUUGGAAGCCCUCUCCUACCCCAGAUUGCACCACCAAUUAAUCCCUCAAUACAUCAUGGUCGAGAAUUUGACGGUCUUCGAGCUGCAUCACAACAUCACGGAGCGGAUGCACGAAUUGGGUCACGAUUUCUUCUCAUCCGGCCCACUUACAGCUAUGAACGGUAUCAAGCGUAUAUUGUUAGACCACGACUCCCAAUGGCACGGUGUUUCUGACUACUGGAGGAAGCGAGGCCAGGCUGAUGGCUACUAG